UUAUAUACAGUGGCUGGACCAGACUCAACCAAUGAAAUCAAGUCCGCGGCUGCAAUAACAGACUGGCUACCAUCAGGACUCCACAAGGUGAUUCCAACCCAUGUUCAACCAAACCUAACCAAAAUUGGACUGUCAGGCCAUAGUCGUGGAGGCAAGGCUGCUUUCGCGCUAGCUCUAGGCAAAGUAACAACUCCAUCCUUAAAAUUUUCAGCCCUAAUAGGCAUAGACCCUGUUGAUGGCAUGGACAAAGAUACACCCCCCCCAGUCCUCACUUACAUACCUCAUUCCUUUGAUCUCGACAUGGCGGUUUUAGAGAUUGGCUCGGGUUUAGGUGAAGUGAAAAAGAACCCUUUGUUCCCUCCUUGUGCUCCUAAGGGAAUCAACCACGAAGAUUUUUACAAGGAAUGUUGCGAACCAGCUUGUUAUUUUGUUGCUAAGGACUAUGGUCAUGUUGACAUGUUAGAUGAUGAGACAAAGGGGAUAAGAGGGAAGACAAGUUAUCAUUUC